AUGAAGGCGGUAUCUCUUAACUUUCUGCCUUAUGAUAAACCAAAAUGUUUAUGGAAGACAAUUUCUGAUACGUUAUUAGCCUCUGAACGUGAAUAUUGCAAAUACACACUUGGGCAUGCCUUAGUUGAACAAUGUGAAGAAAUCGAACAAGAAAUAGAGAGUUUACUGGACAUAUGGAGAGACUACAGAAGUGAAACAGUCUAUAGGUCUGCCGAUGGAGUCGGUCAGAGUUCAAUGUCAGAGCCGCCCAUUGUUCGUUCACGUUUGAAGAAAGAAAUUGAACUUUUUGUCAAACAUAUUCAUGAACAAUGUGCGAAUGAUGAUAAAUUAUUUCAUAAACGUCUAUCGACACAUAACUGGAAUGCUAUCAACUAUUCAUUAACCACCAAUAAAAAUAGUCAAGUGAAAGACAGACCGAUAAGUGCACGUGAUAAAAGCGGGCGUGAAACGCCAAUUAUCAGCACGUUAUCUCCAAGAUUAAAUAUUGUAACAGCUGACAAAAAUCUUACAAUUAAUGCUUCAUUGAUUCGAAAUAAAUUAGAAGCGUUUAAUUUAGAUGAUAUUGUUGAUCAACUUCGACGAGCGUUGCAGCAAGAUAUUAAAAUGUUAGAAGAACAUAUCAAAUAUCUUCAUGAACGACUAGAGGAAGAAGCAGAUUUUCGUGCAAAAACAUGUGGUUUAUUUCGAGAACCAACACUUGGGGAGUUAAAAGAAGAAAGAGCUCGUCUCGAGAAAGCAGUACUUGGAUCAACAACCAAUGUAGUCAUCCAUACUUCCAAUGAACAUAAUACAUUAUUAAACCGACAAAAUUCUUUUAAUGACAAUAAUCGUCUUGCAUCAACCGAUGCAAUCAUUCUUUCUAUUCCUCGUUCGUCACUCGAUAGAACAUUGAGUCCCCGUUCAUCACUCGAUGGAACAUUGAGUCCCCGUUCAUCGCUCGAUGGAACAUUGAGUCCUCGUUCGUCAGUCGACGGAACAUUGAAUACUCGUUUAAAUCUGCAACCACUUCGCGCAACUCACUCUUUGUUAUCAACUACCUCUUCCACUAGUAACAGUGACUCAACACCAACAACACAAGAAUCUUUUCAUUAUCGUAAACCACGUUUAUCCAUCGAUAAAAAACUGACAUCUGUUAAUGAACAACACAAUGGAACAUCUUCGCAGCCGCUUAAAACACCUAAUGCUCAUGUUCUACUCAAAUUUAGUUCUAUUAAGAAUUAUGAUUCGACUAAGAAAUAUUCAACAUUAUCGAAAAAUAGUUCUGCCGUUGAACAGCCAAUGUACAAUGACAUAGAACCCAAAAGAUUAAACGGUGCUGAACGAUUUCGGCGAAUGGUGCUUGAUUGUCGUGAUAAAGAUUGA